UUGGAUCAGUGUUAUUGUCAAAUGUAUUACCUGCUCAGAAUUUAUUUCUAAGCUUUGUCAAGUAUUGGAAAUUUCAAAUUUCAUCAAUUUCAGGUGGCAUACUGAUCGCGAUACCGAGAAACGAAUAACGGGAUUGGCGAACCGGUCACUGACCGGUCUUAGGCCGUAAUGAAAUGUAAAAAGCGAAAUUAAUACAACGGUAGAAACUAUAAAUGCGAACUUGAGAGCAAAUGUAGAACGUGUGGGAUGUUUGCUUUACGUUCUUGAGGGUUUUCUGAAAUGCGGGCGACGACAGUCCCGCUACACGACACAAACCAGUUGUUUAAGCGAGACCAGUAUCACUUCGACUACCGACGGAAAAGUCAUGAAGCAGGAUUGUAUCAAGUAUUUGAUUUGCAUCGUCGUGGUAAAUUUCGGAGCAACUUAUUGCAACGAUCUUUCGAUCAAUGAUCAUGUUAAAUUAAGACAUGAACGCGGUGUUUUGGAUUUAGUUUUUGGAAGAUUCCGUACCUGCGGUGCCUGCUUAUGCGGUCGACCAAAUCGUAGAACAGCGCGAUUGUUGGGCGGUGAAUAUACAGAAUCGCAUGAAUUUCCCUGGCUUGCAAAUAUUCAUGUAAAAUCUCAGUCACUUGUUAGCGGAGUGUUGAUAAAUGAUCGUUAUGUAAUAACAGCGGCCAGUCAGCUUAUUGGAGCAACAGCACACGAAAUAAAAGUAUCCUUGGGAGAAUACGAUCGAUGCUCAUUGGACAUUUCGUCAGUGAAUAUCAGCGUCGAAUCUAUAGUUUUGCAUCCAGAGUUUAAUCCAGAGUCAGAUACUCAUGAUUUAGCUUUAAUCCGUUUGAGUCGACCAACUAAAUUUGAGAAGAGAAUAUCACCAGUAUGCCUACCCAAUCCAGGAUCAACUUACCUCGGACAAGUUGGAACUUUGGUAGGUUGGACUGCAAGCAAAUCUCAAGAUAACGUUGAUAUCAGAACAUGUAGACCACGGAAAUUAGGACUUCCUAUUUUAGGAUAUAACGAAUGUAUUAAAGCAGGAAUUGACGCAAUGAACUUUAACGAUGAUUACGGAUGUAUUGGGAUUGUAAAUACAAAUUCUUUAGUAUGCGAAAAUGAUGUCGGAUCUUCUUUGCAAUAUCGAUCAUACAUUGGUGUUUAUGAUCUUGUUGGUAUUAUUCCGAGUGUAAAUAAAUGCGACAAUACUUCCAGACCAACUGUUUUUACAAGAGUGGGCCCGCGUCUUGAUUGGAUAUUACAGCAAACUAAGGAUGCAUGUUAUUGUACAAAAUAAUAACAAUCAAACCUUCAAGUGGCUUAUUCUACGAGAAUAUUAUUACAUAUAUGCAAUAUUAUUUAUUGGUGUUCUUUUUGCUGGAUAUACGAUGUUAUAGAAAGUACACUUAAAAUAAUUUUCAAAAAUAAAUUUUGAUAAAAAU